AUGCUCAACACUGGAGCCCCGACCAUGGCGGUCAUCAUGGGCCUGCAGCUGCACCAAUGCCACCUGCUUCCUAUCCUCCGGCAUACCCGCCGCAGAGCUACCCUCCGGUGCAUUACACUCCCCCGCAACAGGUCCCUUAUGCGCCUCCUCAGCACUAUCCCUAUGGUGCGCCCCCGCCUCCGAGCCCAUCUCAGUGGAAUGGGCCGGGGCAGCCGCAUCAUGCUGGUGGCCGACCAUCUCGCGGCGGUUAUCACGACAAGGGUCCAAGGGGUCCAGCCAGACCUCCAAAUGGAGGCAGCUAUGCUCAGCCAUACCCAUCUGAUCCCCGUGCUCAUCAACCUCCUCCUCAGCACUACCCAUAUGGAGGACCUCCUCCAGCACAGCGUUCUGUCUCGCACCACAAAGACGCGCAACAUGGGCAGUACCCACGUCGCGGCCGUGGAGGGCACAGAGAUGGCGGCAACCGUGGCCGAGGUGGCCACCACAACGACAGGCGCUCUAACAAGCCCAACCCAAAUAAUGCGCAGCUAA